UAGCGUUGUGCAUCUCCCUACUCAUCUCUGGUUAUUAUUACUCGUUACAUAUCUUGUGAAUCGUCUGGCACAUCUCCUCUUUGUUGGAGUCAGCUUAUAAGGAAAGAAGGAAGGAUCUUGUAAAUCGUAUAAACAAUGGACAAAGGCAGCGGAUUCUCAUGUUGUUAGUAAUUGCUUUAAAUUUAUUUCAUAAAAACGAGAAGACAUCGUUUAACGAGAAGCAAAAAAUAGAGAAAUAUAUAAGAUGGCUCUAGCUGGGAAUAUACGUGCUAUUUUUUUAAUUUUUGGAUUUAGAUAAUGCAAACGACUCAACAAUUAUGUCAGCAACGAUACCUUCAUGUCACAGCAGUUGCAAGUAGAACCCAGGCUGGCCGUCACAGAGCUACUCCACGUCGAACUAAAGCACUUACAUAUGAAAUGGCUAAUCCUCCUCAUUACAUUGCUCAUCGUAAAACAUGGAAUUCCUGGAAUACUUCAAACGUAAUGGGUGGAAACAGACCAGGAGAGACUGCAGUGGAAGAUAUUUUUAUACGUCGUUUUAUGACUGGAACAUGGCAUGCACUGUUUGUAAGUGAUAUAAUUAUUAAGAGACAGCAUAAUAUUAUUAGGAUUGCUGGACUUGUACAGCGGUCUUUGGCUCAGAGGAAAAUGUACUUUCUGAUAGGAUAUAGCGAAGAACUUCUUAGCUAUUGGUUACAAUGUCCUGUUAAGUUGGAAUUGCAAACAGUAGCAUCGAAAGAGGAUGUUAUAUUUAAAUAUGUCUAAGUGAUUAUUAUAUUAUAGUUAAAUGUAUGUAACUCUAAAUAAAAUUUAUAAAUAUA